UUUCAAAGCAACCUAUAAUUACGAUUACUGAAUUUCAAAUGGAUUUUUUCCCUCCCAAGCUAAAUGGGCGCAUCAGCGACGGGACAGCCGGUGCGCAAACUGCGGGACGCCGCACAUGCCGGAGGGGGGAGUGACCGGACCGGGGGACUAACACUCCCCGGUGCACGGUGCCUUUAAAUGAAAACACACUCCGGAUGGGAGAGGAAUAUGGAGGAAACGGGGGGUCCGAACACUGAGCGACAAAAUAUGCAUUAAGUUCUUUAUUUAAGUAGAGGAUAAAAUGCGCAUUUCGUACUGAUGAUUUGAAUGAAUAAAAGUGCCCUCUGGGUCCCGUCGGGGGAGGCAUGGAGAAGAACGGGAUUGAUAAAACAUUUUCCAAAGCGGAUCGCGGGAAGGCGGCGAGAAACUACGUGACAGGCGAGUCCCGCAGCCCGGCGUCGGCUCCAGGCGGCGUCCCGGCCAGCCGUGGCGCGGAUGUCAGAGGGGCGCCGGGGAGCGGUUCUCCUGGGCAGCAGGCUGACCCGCGGCGUGUGGAAGGGCUGCUUCGCAAAUACACCAAUUUGGUCCAGGGCUGGCAACACAGGUACUUUGUGCUGGACACAGACUGUGGGCAACUUCGCUACUUCAUCAGUGAACCUGGGGAGGGCCAGAAGCCGCGGGGUUCGCUCCCCCUGCCCGGGGCCAUGGUGCGUCCCAGCGAUGAAGGUCCCUACACCUUCAGUGUGCUGUCUGCUGCCGGCCAGCUCUACAAGCUCCGAGCGGCCAAUGCCAGAGAGCAGCAUUUCUGGAUGAACCAUCUCCUGGCCUCCACCAGGUGGCACUCUAAUGGAAGCACUGAGGUGGGAAAAUGGAGGCAUCCUGACGGACACUCAUAUGUAGAAGGAGCACGCAUCAGCCAGGAUGGACAGGGCUCGUCUUCCUCAGGUUGGCCCGGCAGCCUCACGCUUCUCACGGCUGGCUCCCCCCCACCCGGGAUCUUGAGGCCGCCGUCCGCCUCAGCGGUGUCAAGAGGUAUCGUCACCAUCAUCCACAACAAGUCGCCCGACUUCAGGAACCGGUACCCCCGAAGGCUGCAGGAGGUCCAGGAGGUCAUGAACCAGGCUGAGGGGAAGCAGAAGAGUCUGGUGCACUCCAUAGAGUCGCUGCCGACCUGCGGGCCAGUAUCCUGCCUGGACCAGGACCUGCUGCUCCUGAAAGCCACCUCUACUGCCACGCUGGACUGCCUGGGCGAGUGUCUGAGCAUUCUGCAGCAGAGGGCUGCGCAGGCCGCCCCGCUUGGCCCACCCUCCCCGGGCCAGGCCCCACCCUUCGGUGAGUCGGUCUCGGAUGCCCUGUUGUCCGGCCCCUUGAGCUUCGAGGCGACGAGCCUCGCAAGCUCUGACCCCAGCGACGGGCACCUGGAGAUAAACUGUGAGUCGUGUCCCUGUCUGUCUGGACCUAUGCAACUGAGUUUAUGCAAUAAAUGCUGCUGAAAGCCAAUGCCAGUGCUAUUAUUUUUACAGUCCCUGCUGUCGUCCUUCUGCGUUUUAUUUUCUCAGUGCCUUGCAUUUUGAAGAGAUCAAAAUUCUGUGCCUCUUUUGUGGGGGGGGGGAUGACUGAUAUGUUUUACAGCUCAAUAAUGUUUACAAGCAAAGAGUAAUGUGUGCAGCUCUGUUCAGUGCAUGCAAACAAACUGGUGUCCAGCGUGAGUAUUUCCUUGUAUGUGCAGAUGGACUGUGUUCACUGAAAAGACGAGACGAUGCCUAAGGCCUGACCUUUCUGCCAUGUUCACUCUUCCUGUGCCAAAGUGGAACCAAUAAAGAGCCCCUGAAAGCAAAAAAUGUAACAUGAGUUCUGCAUGUCGUGACCGCUAUAGCCCCACCCUGUGGUUGGAGGACUGUACUGCAGGAAUUCAAGGAACAUGCCCUGUUUCCCAGUUGGAUAAGGCCUUUUUCUGUUAUUCCACUUGCCUUGGGUUCUAGGGGCAUAGUAAGGACAACCAGGUGCACGAUGGACUCCUGCCUGUCUUGUCUGAUCAAGGUGGCUGAUUGGUUGCUGUAUCUCAGGGCAUCUCUCCCAUAGAUGCGACCAAUCCAUGAACGCAGAAGAAGGCUGCACUUUCUUUCCAGAUGAUAUUUCUGAUGGGAUGAAAGACUUCUUCUCUGGUGGCUUCCCAUCUCCUGCUAGUAACGUUAUGCAAAGAUCCAUGUCCCCCCCCCCAGUUCUGCCCCAGCAAGAACUGGUGAAAGUCACCAAUCAGAUUUCUCAUCCCAUAAUUUCAUUCUGCCUUCAAAACGGACAUGUCAGACUCAUCAGCCGGCCCGCUGGGGCUUGCCUGCUCUUCAAGAAGUCCUCAAGUGUGAAGAGUUUGGUUUUGGUUCAAGAUUUCAAAAUCUCCUACCAGGUAACAGGUGCCCCGAUCACAUGUAUCUUGCCCUUUGGAAUAAAUGCAUAGUGGGAAUUGACUGCACUCUGAGGGCUUUCCUGAAUAUGAUUGGGUAAUUUGAGUGGGAGGGUAUGUUGACACAGCCAAUGAGAAGAGAUAAAAAGUGCGGCAUAAUAGAGUGCAUGUUUGCGUUGUCUUAUUAGCAUGUCAUUAUCUUAUUCAUAUUACUGUCCAGGCCGUCCUGUUAAAUUACGUGUUCAUUUAGCCUUGUUGAAACAGCAACAGUAUCAUUACGCUGACGUUCUUAUUUGCGGUGGUCUAGCGCAAAAUCUUAAGCAGUCAAAUUGUUUCACAUCAUUUCCUGAUUGCGGAUAUAAGACGUGUAGCGUGACGGGAAUAGACCGGGUCGGGAUAGUAAUACUCACUGCGCUGUUGCCUUGGCCGAUAUUUACUUGGCACAAGUGCAAAUGGUAGUUUUUCUCCACAGAUAAGGCAGAGAGAAGCCAGUCUAGAUUAAAUUUGAAGCAUUUUCUUUGAGUGUGAUAAAUGUGCAAAAUGACUGUAUUGUUUGGCAUAGAAGCUUGCAGGGAAUGCUCAGAAACGGUAGCCUUUUCAGUCAGGUUCAUGCUCCGGGACUCCGCCCUCAAAACGCCACUUCAGUUUUAGCUCGGGUAAAUCAGCCUGUGCUCUCAUCCGUCCCCUUGCCUGCCGUCUUCAUGCAUCCCCUCGUCCUGCUGUCUGAGCUCCACAGUCUGCAUGUGGAAAACUCCCAGGAGGCCGACUGAGAACCAGGCAUAGACAUCCAAUGACUGCUACCCUGCCCCCCUCCCUCCCCCCCAAAAAAAAUAUUCGUGUUCUGUAUUGACUGUGAAAGUGGACCUGAGCAUGAACCCAUGUGCAUGUGGUCAAGAUGGAUAGAAAAUACAGCUUGUUUGUGAGGAGAAACGUGAGAUUCAUUUAUCCACCUGUUAAUUUUUUGGUGGCGAAAGUGAUGCUUAUUUCUGUGUGUAUGUGUUGAUACACAGUGUAUUCUGUGGGCCCUUCCCAUGUGACCUGGCACCCGACCUCUGACCCAGGGGCAAAGGUAGACAGGAAACACGCAGCACUGGUUGUAGGGGCGGAAUUAGCUUUAAGUAACUUUAACUCCCGAGUUCGGCAGUUCUGCCGGACAUCAGGCCUGCUUCACCUGGGUUUUAGUCAGGAGGAGGUAAAUGCUGUUUUUUUAGGCUGCUGUUAUGACUUCAGAGUUUGGUCUUGCUUGUCUUUAGAACGACAUCUUGCACUGUGAAGGGAAGCUAGUUCACAAACACGCCUUUGGUGUCAUUAGCUUCUGCCAGUAUUAGACCUGUGUUAUGUCUGAUCAGAUUUCAUGCCCCUAUCAGCACUGAAAGUGUCUGCAGUAUUAAAAGUUCAGAAGAAUGAAUGUCUGUGAAAUUCCCUUAAGUUGCCUUGUUUUGAUCUGCCGUGCACUGGAGGGGGGGGGGGGGGAAUAAAUAACUGAAUGAAAACUCAUCUUCACUAGCACUGCUUCCUGUUUUCACCUCGACGCCUUAGGCUGGGGAAUGGUUGCUCGAUCACAUGACCUCUCCAAGAGCGUUUAGUGCUUUGCUGGGACGUGGUGCAGCUGGAUGUCAGCCACAUGGGGGGUUUGUGCUACUCAGGAAGUCUUCCUGCUUUGGCUCCCAUCCCUGCUGGCUGAACAUGGCAAUCGAGUUUGAUGUCUGGCACGUCAAGGUCGUCAUCCUCCAGGAAAACCCUCCCAACUGAAUGAAGAUCAAAUUUGACCUGCUGCCCUGUACUCGGCCUGCAGGUGGUGUACAUUGUAUUGGAUGAAGAGCGCCUGAUUGACACCCCUGACUUCCACUGAGCUUUCUGCUGCCCCCUGGAGGAGGAGCUUGAUGCAGCGUAGAAAGGGGGAUUACUGAAGCCCCCUGGCAUGAUGCUGGGAAAGGAACAAGGGCAGUGAAGAGACCAAAGUGAUUGGUGGCAACAGAGCAAGACAACCAAUCAGAUUCUAGAGUUUAUGGAGGAUGGGUGGACGGACGAGUUCCCCCUGUGUGUGAAAGGACACAUGUGCUCGGGAUGGGUGACUUGGAUUAUGCCCCAGAGCACUAGUGAUACCUGGAUGUAUCCUGCAUGCCCAGCUUGGCCUGAAACCCUGCAGCAGAAGGAUUUCAAAAGAUCUUGAUUGUUUUGUUUGUCUGCAAACCCUGUGAAGGUGCAGAAUCUCGUCCAGGGUCCGUCCCCUGCGCUUCCUUGGACAGACUCGGCUCACUGUGACCCUGGCUUGGACGGACAGUCACAGAAGAAAAGGACUGAGGGAAUGAAUUUAAAAUACUUCUGUCAGUCAUUAUUUUUAUGACUUGGGAUAUUGGCAUCGUUAAAUAUAAAUUGGAUAAUUAACUUGUCUUCAUUUUAAUGGCUUGUUUUCUCUUAAAUCAUUCCAGUGGUUGGGUUUUAUGAAAAUAGAAUGUGAUUAAUUUCUUCUGCCGUCAGGGAUACAGUGCCCAGAGCAGACCAUUUAAAGGAGUGGAAUAGAUGUAGUGUGACUGCUUCCCCCCGCUGAUCCGGCUCACUCAAGGUUUUUUUUUGAAUUUUUUUUUUAAACAAUGGGAGCUAUUAUGGGCUGGUAAGCCACUUUCAUGACAGAUAUAACACCGCAAUCUCACUAGCUGAAAAAUAACCGGAACGUUUUAAUUUCAUUUCUUUUUUUUUUGCCCGGACAGUAUGGAUGCAGUUUACUAUUGAAUGAGUUCUCAAGGCUGAUGGACACUUAGGUCCACACCGAGAAACAGCACCUUACUCAGAGGAGCCAUGGCCCAGCGUUCCUCCUCAGACUCCGCGUCCGUCGUUCAGGAGCUAGCGGCUGUACGUAAACAUCACAGAUCAUAUGAUCCACCCAUUUCAUUAGCAACCCCCCCCCACCCUUAAACUACGCCGAUAUCGCCACAGAAAUACAGCUGAAGACGAAAUAGGUGUUUUUACACAAACCUGAAGCAUUUAUUGUUUUGCACACAUUUUGAACAGGACCGAACCAGGUCAUCUAAACCCCAAAGCAAAAAAAUAAAAAUGUAAACAUGGAUCGGGGGUGGGGGGGGUGGGGGUCUCAAACACACAACCAUUCAUAGUUAAAAAAGGUGGCGAGAUACUUCAGCCUCCGCUGUGAACCAGGAGUCAGUGGAGUAUGAAGAUGGAUAUGAAGGUAUUUCGCAGCCAGUCUGCUCAGCCACAGCUCCUCAAUGCACACAGAUUCCUUACGGGCCCAAGAGCUCCGGCGCUGGGAUAUUUGCACGAAUUUAGUUUGAUAUGUUACUUUAAGUGUAUGUUUUUU